AUCAUGCACUACAACAAGGAGAAAAUUAUGCUAAAAUACACUAAGACAAAUCACAUAAAGGUUUGCUACAACAAAAUGAGACUUUCAGCCUUCCUUUGUUUCACUGUCAUCUCUAUGGCAUUGACCGAGAGUGUUAACAUUAAGAGCCUGGUGUUCUCUGCUGAGACUGACACCAGUUAUGUUGAGAUGGUCCCUCAGAAACCUCUGGCCAUAAAAGCUUUUACGCUGUGUAUGCGUGUUGCAACAGAGCUGAAAGGAGAGCGAGAAGUCAUCCUGUUUGCGUACCGGACCCCAAGCUCUGAUGAACUGAAUGUGUGGCGUGAACUGAACGGCAGACUGUCUCUCUACUUGAGUGGGGAUCCUGUCAUGUUCGAUGUUCCUCAGCUUGGUGCCCUAGAGACCCACCUGUGUGUCACCUGGGAUUCCAGUUCCGGUGCGACUACCCUCUUCAUGGACGGGAAGAAAAGCUUGACUAAAAUCUACAGGAAGGGUCAUGCUAUCAGCCCCUCAGGCAGGGUUGUCCUUGGACAAGAUCUAGACAGUUUCCAGGGUGGUUUUGACAUCAAACAGAGUUUUGUAGGGGAGAUCUGUGAUGUCAAUAUGUGGGACUCUGUCCUGUCAGACAGCAACAUCCAAGACAUCUUCUCUGGGAAGAGAGUACCAAGAGGAAAUGUUUUUGACUGGGAAAUAACAGAACUUCAAAUUCAUGGGGAAGUAGAUGUUGUUAAACGUGAGCUGUAGAUAUAAUGCUCACACAUGACAUGCUGGAAUGGUGUAGGCAACAGGGCAAUAGAAGGUUUUGCAGUCAAUGUAGCCACACUGCACCUGUAUGACAAAUAUGAAGAAGAUGAUUUGAUGAUUAAACUGCAUCAAUGUCAAUAAAUGAAAUGAUAAAGAUUAAUUUUUA